CAUGUAUCCACCUGUAGAAUCAAGAUCAAGAUCAAGCCGUAUGUAAACACAAGCACGCAGCCUGCCGCCCAAGCGAAGCGGAAGCAAGCUUCCUGGUGCUGCUGCUUGGUGUUGUGGUGGUGGCCGACAGCUGACUUAUCACUGGACUGGACCAUCGGUUACUGAAGGAGAAUACUGUCACUCCUAUAAAUGUGAAAGCUGGCAACCACUUCCAAAUGUCAUAACAAUGUCCGGACGAGAGCGAGAUAAGGGAAGGAAGUAUCAGUCAGGCUCAGCAAAGCGAAAAAAAGUUGUGCUGCUAGAAAAUGAACAAAAAAAGCUACCAAAAAUCACAGGAUGGGUAAAGAGUACUCCACUAGAUGAAGUUAAUGAGAUACCCUUAGAGCUAGGAGAAAACAAAGAUGAAGCCAGCAUUGAUUCAGAGGCUUCCAUUAAAGCAUCUAACGAAGCACCUUCAAGUGAGCCUGUUACUAGUGUCAGUACGUCUGUGGCUGUCAGUACAAAUGAGCCUAUUGCUAGUUCCAGUACCUCAGUAACUGUCGGUGGUAAUGUAAGUGACUCAACUUUAGAGAAAAAUCAAACCGUGAAACUGACUUAUGAAAAUGACAUUGGUCUUUGGCCUGAACACCUAAGUGAAGACUUUAGAAGUUACUGGAUUGAAAAGGGAAGUGCUAAAUGUCGUAAUUAUGUUGGCAGUGACUUCAAAAACUCAGCAGUUAAGGAUGGAGAAAAAACUCGCUAUUGUUCAAGAAGCCUUUUUACUAGAAAGCACACAUUAUCUGGGGAAGAUAUUGAUCUUGGAUGGUUAUGUUACUCAGAAAAGACUGGCUGUGUUUUUUGCUUUACAUGCUGCCUUAUGUCACAAACAAAAUCAAAAUUUACCUCUGGUUUUAAAGACUGGAAACAUGCAAGGGAGGCCAUUGAAAGUCAUAGUAACUUUGAAAUGCAUAAAUAUUCACUGACAAGCCUAGCAAUUAGAAAAUCGCAAAGAGGACAAGUGAAUGAAGAAUUAGUUCGCCAAUAUCAAUCUGAGCAUUACUAUUGGAGUGAGGUUUUGCAGCGAUGCGUGGAUGUACUCAUUUUUAUUUGUGAACGUGGGCUACCACUCAGAGGUGAUAAUGAAGUUAUUGGAUCACCUCAUAAUGGAAAUUAUCUGGGUAUAUUAGAGCUCUUAAGUAAAUAUGAUCCUUUCUUGGCAACACACAUAAAGAAGCAUGCAAAUCAAGGGAGUGGACAUGUAAAUUACCUUUCAUCCACAAUAUGUGAGGAGUUGAUAGAAGUUCUUGGAAAGCAUGUUAUGUGUACAAUAGUUCAGGAAGUUCAGAAAGCAAAGUAUUACUCAAUAUCUGUAGACUCUACACCAGAUAUAUCACAUGUAGAUCAACUAUGCCUAACCAUUAGAUAUGUGCUGCCAGAGGGACCAGUUGAACGCUUUUUAACAUUUGUCCCAUUACUUAAUCACACAGGCAAAGGAAUAGCAGAUUUAGUUCUGAGUUUUCUUGAAAGUAAGAACAUUUCUAUUUCUGACUGCCGUGGCCAGUCUUAUGAUAAUGCCAGCAACAUGUCUGGCAAGUACAAAGGAACUCAGGCAUAUAUUAGAACAAAGUGUGAAUUUGCUGAUUUUGUCCCAUGUAUGGCCCAUUCUUUAAACCUGGUAGGGGUUUGUGCUGCUGAAUGCUGCAGAGAUGCUGUCAAUUUAUUUGGCAUAAUUCAAAGACUCUAUGUAUAUUUAUCAAAGUCAACAUAUCGAUGGCAGAAACAUCGACAAGCAUUACAGGAAAAGCCUGUUGUUAAGUGUUUGUCUGACACACGUUGGUCAGCGCGUGCAGAUGCUGUAGAAGCACUAUCAAAGGGAUAUGAACAAAGUAUGAAUGUAUUAGAAAAUCUAAUGAAUGAUGACAAUCUGAAUGGUGAGGCUAAAUGUGAGGCUUCUGGUAUUAUGAAAGAGCUUGAUAAACUAGAAACAGUAAUUUUACUGGUAACAUGGGAAGAUAUUCUAACUAGAUUCAAUGUCACUAGUCAGAAAUUGCAGACCUCAGGCCUUGACUUUAACACAGCAGUAAAAUUGUUAGGGUCACUAAAAGAUUUUGUUCAUGAUUUAAGAGAUCGCUUUGAUGAAUAUGAAAAGAUUGCUGUAGAAAAAUGUGGACACAGUGAGUAUGAAGGAGAGCAACGGCGUAUUCGAAGAAGAAAGCGGCAGUAUGAUGAGAGUGAUAGUGCAGAAGAUGCUCAUUUACAACCGAGAGAGCAAUUCAGAGCCAUGGCGUACCUACCUAUCAUUGAUCAGCUAGCAACAGCACUUGACGAUCGCCUUAAGGCAUAUGAAAAGUUAGGAAAACGGUUUGGCUUCAUGUCGCAUAUAACUACCAUGGAAACAGAAGAACUUCGAAAGUCUGCUUCAAAUUUGGUGAGGACUUACCCUAGAGAUUUGGAAUCAUGUUUGGUAUCUGAAAUGGUGCAUUUUCAAGCUUUUCUGCAUAAAAUUGAUUCUGAAACCACUUCACUGAUUAGUCCAACUUCAGAAUGUAAUAUGUAUUCAAUACUACAUGAAUGUGAUGUUGUAUCAGCCUUUCCAAAUGUAGAGCUAGCAUUCAGGAUAUACCUUUCCAUGUUUGUGACAAACUGCACUGGGGAAAGAUCAUUUUCAAAACUAAAGAGGAUUAAGAGCUCAAUGCGAAGUACAAUGAAUCAAAAUCGUUUGGCAUCUCUUACUUUAUUAAGUGCUGAGUGUGAAAUUCUCAAGAGAAUUGACACAGCUGAAGUUAUUCAAGACUUUGCAAGAAUGAAAGCCAGGCGUAAAGUGUUUUAAAGUUUUUUGUAUAAU